GUUGUAUUCCUAAUAAAAGUGUUUACUUUUCUUACGCGUGUAAUUUUUUUUUGGCACUACGGGCAGAAAGACUUAGCAUGUGUGGAAUAAGACGUCUGACUUCUUUGUGUGUCACGUGCUCGAAGGCGCGUCAAUUCGCAGAACGCGGAAGAUGUGAAUGUUAUUCUGUGCUUUAGGUCUUUCCUCGUACACAGUUGCUGAGUUUUCUCCAGCUGAUUAUAUUACUUCCAUUGUUUUUUUCACCCCGUACAUUUCAUUAAAAAUUCCAGGUCAGCACAAUUUGGUUUCGAAUCAGCGGCAGGUAUAAAGUUUUUAGUUGCAAAAUGACUCAGCUUUAAUUGCACAAUUUAAGUCGAACAAAGCUUCGUAAAAAAAUUCAAAUCUAUAUUACUGCUAAAAAACAGACAUGUCUGAUGAAGAUUUUGCCAUCGUUUGCUCAAAAAUAGACAAAGAGCAGGAGUUCUUAAAUUUCGUGAGUCGGGAUAUAUGGAAGACUCCAGAACUUGCGUUUGAGGAAUUUCACGCGCACGAUGUUCUCACGAGCGCUUUGGAAAAGAAAGGAUUUAAAAUUCAGAAGCACUACAUCAUUCCUACAGCCUUCAAGGCCGAAUAUAUUUCACCAUUAGACGAUGGUCCUACUGUUGCCAUUCUGCUUGAAUAUGAUGCUCUACCAGAAAUAGGCCAUGCUUGCGGCCACAACCUGAUUGCGGAAGCGGGUCUGGCUGCCAGUAUAGCAGUAAAAGCAGCUAUGGAAGCGGAUCCCCAACUAGCUGGGAAGCUGAUUGUUCUGGGCACCCCAGCUGAAGAAGAUGAAGGAGGAAAAAUAGCGUUAAUUAAAUCUGGAGCAUUUGAAGUAGUAGAUAUAGCAAUGAUGGUCCAUCCUACCAAACUGGAUGUGGUUGCUCCUCCCUUUCUAGCCAUAGCUUCCGGUACAGUGGAAUACAAAGGAAAAGAAGCUCAUGCUUCUGCUUAUCCUUGGCAAGGGCGGAAUGCUCUGGACGCCGCCGUCGCCUGUUAUCAAAAUAUAGCCUUGCUUAGACAGCACAUAAAGCCUACAUGGAAGAUUAAUGUUGUGAUCACAAAAGGUGGCAUUGUUCCAAAUAUCAUCCCAGCAGAAUCGUGCCUGAAAAUGCUUCUGCGAGCUCCCACUAAGGCUGAACUAAGGGAACUGCAAACUCGAGUUGAAGCUUGCAUAUCGAGUGCUGCAGCUGCAACUGGAUGUGAAGUCAAUUAUAAUUUAUGUGAAAAAGGUAGUUUCAAGAAUUUGGUGACGAAUCAAGUUUUGAGCGGUUUAUAUCAGACAUAUGCAGAGCGCUUAGGGGUCGAUUUCGCUAGGGAUGCUUCAGAAAUUCCCAUCGCUGCUUCUACAGAUAUGGGAGAUGUAUCUCAUGCCGUUCCUUCCAUCCACCCCUUCUUCAGAAUCUCCACCCAUGCUGCCAACCAUUCGAAAGAAUUUACCGAAGCUUCUGGAUCUCGAGAAGCCCAAAGACCCACACUGACAGCAGCAAAGGCUAUGGCCAUGACAGCUUUGGCAGUUUUACGGUCCCAGGAAACUCUCGACGAAGUUAAGAGACAGUUCUUUUCAGAUGUUCGGGAUCGUCUGCAGUAGAAAUGAAUGCGGAAGAUGAUGUUCUGUUCAUCACAGUUGGAAAUUAUAUUGCCAUGCAUGUACUAGAGUUGAAAGUACAUUGCCUUGAUUUUAUUGGUUUUAAUAUUUAGCAUUUAAUUGUGUUCAUUGCCAAAAAAAGACCAGUGGUGAAAUAUUUUUUUAAAAUUUUUAUGGUUAUAUAAUUAAAAAAUUUACAAAGUC